AUGCCGCCCCAACACCCCUCUUCAACGACGACAACCUACCUCGAUCAACCCCCCAGCUGCCUCCAAUUCUGCCCAGCAUCCCAAAAUAACUUUGUAGUCGGCACAUACCUCCUUUCCGAAACCAAAUCCACAGAAGAAGAUGGUACAGAAACCAUCCAGCAAUCAAAAACCGGCUCCUUGCAGCUCUGGCAUCUGGAUCCAGCAACUGAUACAUUAUCCCAAAAAUCGCGGCACGCCCUGGAUGCGGCAGUGUUUGACCUUCAGUUCCACCCACGCCACCCCAACAUCCUCGCCAUUGCAACAAGCGAUGCAUCUGUCUCUCUAUUCGCCGUCUCCGAGACUGGAUUCACGCUUCUCUGGACCAAGAACGUCCACGAGGACCCAUCUAUCCCCGCGCUGUUCCUGGCAUGGUUGCCAGAGAAUUGGCUGGAUCCCUCAGGUUCUGCUGCGGCCAAGGACGGGUUUGCGGUAACGUUUAGUGAUGGGCGGACGGGUGUUUUUGGGGUUGACCCCACUGGUAUUAAUGCUACUAACAAGGUCGAUGGGGACGAACAGGUUAUGGAGCUUGGAAACUUCGAAGCGAGGCAGCCUAUUGAGAUUUGGUUUGUUGCUGCUGCGUCGUAUCCGAGUCUGGAAACUCUGAACACGGAGCGAGACUCGGACUGGACGUACACGCCGUAUCUAUUCACUGGGAAUGACUUCGGCUCAUUACACACGCGGCGAUUCCCGGAUACUAGAAAACCUCAAGCCCAAACACAAACGGGCGAAAAGGAAGAUCAGGAUGAGGAGAACGAUACUGAAGACACCCCGCUGCCCUCUCUACUUCUCAACGCGGACGACAAAGCUCGUCACCAUACGGCCGGCGUAACUUCCAUCCUCCCCUUACCAAUUCCGCUCUCACAUCCUCUCACGAAUGGCGAGCCGUUGUUACUUACGGGUAGUUACGAUGAGAAUCUCCGGGUAUACCACGCUACGAGAGGAGGGGUUGUCCUUGCGGAGGCUGGGCUGGGCGGGGGUGUUUGGCGGCUGCAGCUUCUGAGCAGUACGAGGACUGAAACUGCAAAGUCGGCUCCCCAGAGAGGGGAGAAAUGGACGUUUUUGGUUCUUGCUAGUUGUAUGCAUGGCGGGACGAGGGUUGUGCGCGUUGUGGUUGGAGGAGAGGAGGCUGCGGCUGGUAUUGAGGUGUUGGUGGAGUUUACGGAACAUGAGAGUAUGAACUAUGCGUCGGAUGUUUGGAGACCGCAUGAUCAGGCUACUGGAGAGCUGCGGGUUGUGUCGAGCAGUUUCUACGAUAGGAGGGUUUGUAUAUGGAAGGUUCGGAUGUAG